UGAUCUUGUGUUCAAAACCAGGCGGAUCGCUUGUUUGUUGGGUAUUUUCGUCUUAUUUCGAAACAGUACUUCCAUUGGAGGGUGCACCAUCAACCAGUGUUAUGGCGUCCAGAGCGAACCCCGAGGCUCAAGAGCGAAAGCUCCGUAGUAUCUAUGAGGCGCUGGACAACUCUGCCAACAAGAAGGCAGUUCAGCUAGCCGACCGCAUCCUCAAGAAACAGAAGGACUUUGUCAGCAUCAAGGGUCUGAAAGGUCUUGCCCUGCUCCGUAUGGGUCGUCGUGAUGACGCCGCGGCUGUCAUCAAGGAAGUGCGUGCCGUGGCGCAGUCCGAGGAAGCCACCGUGCAAGCACUGACGCUCUACUAUCGAGAGAGCGCUCAGCCGGAAGAGUUGUGCCGCUUCUACGAAGACUUGGUGGAGAGGAACGCUCCGAGCGAGGAACUACUGGCACAGCUCUUCAUGUCCUAUGUGCGUGUCGGCAAUCACAAGCUGCAGCAGAAGACCGCACUCGCGUUACACAAAGGCUACCCGACGAAGAACCCAUACUACUUCUGGGCUGUGAUGAGCGUCUUUCUUCAGGCCCACGAGUCAGCCGACAGCAUAGCCAACACCGUGUAUCUCCCACUGGCAGAGAGAAUGGCCGAUAAAAUGGUUAAAGAAGAGAAGAUUGAAGCCGAGGCAGAGGUACGUCUGUACCUGAUGAUCCUGUUACGACUACAGCGCUAUGAGAGAGCCCUCGACAUUGUCCACUCGAAUCUAGGUAACCUGUUUCACAGCCACGAGGAGCUGAUCACGUUUGAAGUUCAGAUCCUGCAGCACACUUGCCGGUGGAAAGACUUGAUGUCGCUGUACCGCACUGAGCUAAACAAAAACCCUGAGAAUUGGUCAUCUUGGAGUGGGUACAUGGACGCACUGGAGAAGUUCCUGGCAACCGAGGAGUCCGCAGAAUGUGAAGCUGAGUUUACCCUACCCGGCUUUCAUCAGUUCAUCACGGACGUUGAGGAAGCGCUGCAAGACGUCAAUCGACCGGCACCAAAGUCGCGUAACCUGCAUCUGGCACGUCUAGAGCUCAUCAAGCGUGUCAUGGCCAGUCAGCUGUUGACGGCGAAGUGUGACUCGCUGGUUCUGCCUUCGCUGCAAGAAGCAAUCCUCGGCUAUAUUGAGGUGUUUGGUGGAAAGCCAACGUGCUUCAAUGAUGUACGCCAGUAUCUGGAUAUCCUCCCGGCUGAUGCGCAAAAAUCGGUACUGGACACGGCAACAGCAACAGCGCAUCAAGCUAGUGCAGCCUGCAAAGAAGAGGACUCAACCAGUGUCAAGGUAUCGGCCGUGUGUCGUCAGUGCCUGUCAGUUCAGCUCGCACGCUACACGGGUCAACAUCAUACGUUGAGCGCCGAGGAACGUCGUCAGCUGACGCAAACGCUCAUGCAGCAACACACCGAAGGCCUUCCGCUCGGCAAGGAUCUCCUUUCUACGGAUGUGCAGUAUGUUGACAACCUCCCCCUUCUUGCCGCUCACAUUCUUCUGGACAGUGUGAACCACCUCGACCGUAGCAAUGAGGCUGAUCUUCUCCGUGCUCUUGUUCUCCUGGAACACUCUCUCCAAGCUAGUCCCAGUUCAUCACAGCUGCAGCUAAUGGCACUCAAGCUGUAUUGUAUGGCUGGUGCGUAUGAUCCAUGCGCCAUCAUAUUCAACCAGCUGCAAAUCAAGCACUUCCUCUUGGAGACCAUCGGGUACUUGUGGAGUGGCCCAGUGUUUGGUCUGGGCUACUUUCGCAGUGCGGCCGCUGUCACGCAGAUGAUGCUGGGCAUGAACACAGAGACGGCUGAGUUCCUGAUUAGCGCCUAUCGGUCCGGAUCUUUCCACAAGAUCAUCGAGAUCAUGAACUUCAAGCAGGACCUGCAGAAAUCACUUCAGCUAGCCACAGCCAGUGCUCUAUAUCAGCGUGUUGAACUGCUGACCAAGAGUCAUACGAUAGAAGAAGUGGUGGUGCGCUACCAGAAAACCAGUCCCAUGGUAUUCCCACGUGUAGUGGCGGCACAGUGGAGGGACUUACGUGAUGUCCGCGCCAUGACCUCAUGGGCACCGGCAGCGGAGCAGAUGUCUGACGAGCAGAAGAAGUCUUCGUUUGAACUUGAGUCUGUCUGGGUGGAACUGCGUGCUUGCCUGAACCGUUCCGUCUGCUGCAUGUGCAGCGCAGCUGCCACAUUCACACCAGCCACUGCCACUGCGUCACAAACGCCUGCACCGGCACCCGCGACCAAUGGCAGCACAUCUGCAGGAGCGGCAACAACAGCGGACAACGAUGACAUUGACAUAACUUACGUACCAGCUCUCGGUACACCAGAGCUAGCAGCCAAGGCACGCACCAUGGACAGUGGCGGCCUCCGGGAAGCAGCGGAGCUCGUCGGGCGCAUCGAGAAGCUCUGCUCGCAGGCCGCGCAGCAUCCGGGUCUGCGCGAACGGUACCCAAUCCAGGGUCCUCACGGCACCGGUUUGCCCGCGUUCCUUGAUGGUCACCAUGGGAACAUUCACACCGCCGCUCUGAUUGUUGCCAUAACAACGCACAACCUCCUGCGACCGCAGCAGCCUGGCGGCAGUAAGAAUGGCAGUGUGGCCGACCCUGUUGAGGCUGUGCGGAAAAGCUUGGAGGGCAUGUCGGCGGAUUUGGAAGCUUCCAGCCACGUCAGCGAGGCUGAUCAGCUAGACGCUGUACGGAAAAGCCUCGACGGCAUUGCUUCUGCAUUGGAAGACGGCUUUGCGAGAGCGCGGGCAGGUCUGUGCGUAGUGGACGGCGACUCUCGCAGAUUCGUUGGCUGCGGCCUGGAGGCACUUGUCAAUGUCGUUGAUAGUCUCAGCUCGGUGGUGCUGCUAUUGUCUUGUGCAAACUACUUUGUCACUUGUUCACGUGGUACCAGCAAGAAGGCCAGGAAGAAGAAGCCAACGGGAGUGCUCGGUGAACUGCUAGAUCUGCUGAGUGGAGCGCACAUUCGCCUCGGUGAUAUCCUGUCAGACGUACGCGCCUAUGCGGACACGACGCACAAGGAGCUGGUCAACAAGCAGCUGCUGUCGGUGCCGGCUGCUGUCAUUGAACAGAUGCCGUCGGAGUAUUCCGUUGCUGUGGAGAAAGUACACAAGGGCAUCACGGACAGCCAUCAGCAGGCUCUGGACGCCAUUCGCGACGUUCUGGACUCCAAGCUGCGCUCGUUCUCUGCCGUCAGGCUGUGAGCUUUGAGCGCAUGUGUGUGUGUGUGUGCGCGCGUGUGUGUGUGUGUGUGCGUGUGUGUGCGUGUGUGUUUGUGCGUGUGUGUGUGUGUGUGUGUGUGUGUGUGUGUGUGUGUGUGUGUGUGUGCAUGGGAUGUCUGAGGUGUGUGCAUAUGUGUGGUGUGUGUGUAUAUGUGCGUGUGUACAACCGUGUGUGUGUGUGCAUCUCUGUGUGCACGUGUGUGCGUAUAUGCACCACGUAUGUUGCUUUUAUCCCUGCCCGUGCACAAUACACAGUUGUACGUGUCUCCUCGUUUGCUCCAAGAUGGAGGUAGUGUCAUUCUAAAAGAGCGCACAGAACGUACUUCUCACAACGACUGUCGUUUUGCCGGUUUGUGUGCCGCGCACCGCACAUCGCUAGUUGCGUCCAGCUUCGAUGCAUAUUUAUUCUCUUCUGACUUGUCGUGCUUGUGCAAGCUGUCAGUCCCUUCCGCUAGCUCUGGUGCUCUGCAGCUGUCUCCAAUAGUCGUGAAACUUUCAGCUGUCACGCAUUGCUGUGCAGUUUUACGAACGUCUUGAUUGGCACUCUUCCCUUUGGGUAAUUGCCGAGAUUUGAUAAAUAGAUUCUUUUGAGAAAUUUGCCAUAUUCUCGCAGUUUGUAUGUUUUUUUCUUCUCCAAGUCAUGCCGUCGUUGUUUGGUUUUUUUAACCACGAAACGCUGACUAACAUGUUAUUGUACAGCUUUGCCAUCACUGUAUUAUAGCUCAGCUCUGUUGCCAUGGUUGCACUGGUCGCUGCUCUGUUGCCAUGGUUGCACUGGUCACUGCUCUGUUGCCACGGUUGCAGUGAUGACUACUCUGUCGCCAUGGUUGCACUUAUCGCUGCUCUGUCGCCAUGGCUAUCUACAGCUGUAGCCACCGCCGCCUGUACAUUGUCUGUUGUCUGCCCUCCUGGCCAGUGGCCGUGCUAGCUGUAGGCUUACUCAGCGGGGGCGUGUGUACAAAGAAUUUUCCUCUCUCUCUCUCUCUUGUCUAGUGUCUACUGCUGUCCCCCGCCCGCCUGUACAUUAUGCUGUGUGUCCAAGUUCUCGUGGCCUGCUCACAUGCUUGCUAUCUGGGGGUAGUAAUUUUACUACUCCGUGCGUGCUGUGCUCUGCUCAUUAUGAUUAUGCUGCUGCUGUUUCUUGAUAGUUACCAUAAACGUUAACCUUGCAGUAAAA